AAUAAUAAUAGCAAUAAUAAAAUCAAAAUCAUUUUUCAUUUCAUAUAAAUAAAUCCCCAUCUUCCAACCAAACAAAACCAUUCUUCUUCUUCUUCUUCUUCCCAAUUAUUCCCGCCAUGGAAAUUGACUUCCAAUCGUCGGAGAUCCACGGCGGAGCCACCGCAUCAUCCAUAAUAAAAUCAACCAAAUUCAAAGGCAGAAACAGAAGUAACAACAAUGGCAACAAGUUCGUCGGGGUCCGGCAACGGCCGUCCGGCAGAUGGGUAGCGGAAAUCAAAGACACAACGAAGAAAAUCCGAAUGUGGCUCGGAACUUUCGAGACGGCCGAAGAAGCCGCCCGUGCUUACGAUGAAGCCGCUUGUCUUCUUCGAGGUUCGAACACAAGAACCAAUUUCAUUCCUCAAAUCUCAACAAAUUCCCCAAUCGCAUCUCGAAUUCGUUCUCUCUUAAACACCAAAAAAACUGUAAAUCGAAAACCUUUGGAAACACCCACCACCUCCGUCGCGGCCUCAGCCGGUUCCGCCGUCGUGGGUCCGUCAAUUAAGGACGAUGGAUUGUUCGAGGGAGCGUAUAAACCGGAUAUGACUAAUUGUUUGGAAGAAAGAGAGGUGAGUUCUUGUGAUUCGUGUUGCUCUGAAUCUUGUGAACUGGGGGUUUCGUUGGCGGAGAAUGGGACGGUUAGUUCAGAGGAAUUGGAGUUGUGUGCUUUUGAGAGAAUGAAAGUUGAGAGACAAAUCUCAGCUUCUUUGUAUGCUAUAAAUGGAGUUCAAGAGUAUAUGGAGGCUGUUCAUGAAGCUAAUGAACCAAUUUGGGAUCUUCCACCACUCUGUUCUUUGUUCUGUUGACUAUGUUGAUGACGAUGAAGAAAGGGUUUUCUGUUUCUUUUUCUUUCCCUCUUUUUUGGUUUAAAUUUUGUAUACAAAUUUGUAUGUCGAUCAUCAUCAUAAAAGGUAAAUUUUUUUAGUUUUA